AGCGCACGAGUCGGAAGGCAGCUUCCCCGUUCCCACUGCGCCCCUCUCUCUUCACUGCUCUGCUCUCCUUGGCUGCUCCGCCCCCAGCUCCAAAACCCUAACCCCGCGAGCCAGCCCAGCUGCCUGUAGGGGGUCGAGGAGCUCCCCGUGGUGCCGCCGGCCCCCUCCGGCCGCCCCCGCUUCGCCGUUUGCUGGUAAACAGAUGCUGAUCAAAGCAUGGACACUGCUCGUGUUUCACGGUUUAGGGGGCCUGCCUAUUUGCAAUUUCAGCCCCAGUCUAGCAAUUGUGCGGAAAUGUUGGCAAAUGUAGAUGGAUCCGGUGCAAAAGAUUUGUCAGUUGACUCAAGUACAUUUGUUUUCCCACAAGAUGCUAAUCAGAAAUUUUAUAACCGAGCUUUACAGUAUAGUUAUUCAGUUUCAAGUCAGGGAUUUGAAACCCAAGGUUUUCCAGCGAGUGCUCCAGAGUUUGUUCUGAAUAGUGAUUCUUCUGUGCUGGGAGGAUAUUCACAACUUGACCAGUUUUUGAGGCCUCCUCAACCUGUAGAAUCUGAAGGAAUGCAGAUGCAAAAUAUCAACACGAAUAUUGCCCACUGGCGUAGACCUUCUAAUGCAUCCUGUCUUGAUCAUGGAGAUGAAAUAACUUCCUAUGACAAUGAUGAUAGAGCUAUCUCAUUUGGAAGUAGUUGUAGCACGGGGAUUGCGAGUUACCCAUAUAGUAGUCCUUUGCAAAGCAAUAACCACAUUUCGGACACACAGGAUGGGACUUGGGCUGCCCUUAUGCAAAUGCAAGAGGCUUUGGAAGCAUCUAACAGUGACAAUGGACUGAAUGAAGAGUGCAGUGACUUGACUUUCAAUCAUGCAGAACUUUCAGGUGGAAAUACCAUGCAGCAUCAAGUUGUUUGGGACAAUGGCUCUUUAACAAGCCCAUCUUUCAGCUCAAAUUUUUUGCCCUUCCCUGGAGAUACUGAGCCCACCCUCACAAAUGCCUCUACUGUUUGUAGCUUACAGAAGUUUGCUGAUCUCCCGUAUAACAUGAAUAACAAUGAGCAACACAGAUCAUCUUUUGAGCUCGAAGUGCCUCAUCAGAAAGGGCCCACUACAAGUUAUGUUUAUGAACACCGAGAUGAAAUGCAAACUGCUGAAUGGGGAACAAAUCCUGGCCACAUAGAAUCUUCUGGUUUCAUGCCAAACUCCCAGGACGGACAAAAUAAUAUAUCACAUCAACUGUCAAGUUCAUUUGUAAACAGUGCAGAUGGAUCUGUGGAUAGUGGCUCAAAAAAGUCACACAUCAUGUAUGAAUGUGAAGAGCAAAUGGAAAUUGAUUCUCUUCUGAAUUCAUUUGGUGUAUCAACAGAUUCCUUUUCACAAGCAUAUGGAAUGUUUCAACAAAGUGAAAAUUUCAUCGACCAUGAAAAAAAUGUCAAAUUAGAGGAAAGUGCUUCUGCGACAUGCUUUAGCAAUACUGCCCCAUAUGCGCAAACUGGGCCCCCUGAGUCAGCUAUAUCUGAUGGAUCUUCUUGUCCUGAACAGUAUCAAUCUACUUCUCAAACAUGUGGUUUAUUUUACUCUUCAGCAUCUCAGUGGCAAAAUAUGUCAAGUUUUGGAUUGCCUUUACAGGGUUGUCACAAAAGUAUUAGUGAGCCCAAUUCAAUAAUUAACCUGGGGAAACAUGGUAAAGAUCGCUUGCUGCCCGGAAGUGAUAACACCUUAAUACAGCAACAACAGAGUGUCACUAGUGAUACUAGGCUGGAAAUGACUGACAUUGUUGCUAAUCGUUAUCGAGGGUUCAGUACUAGUUUGGAUGGUCAAUCUUGUCCAAAAGGGGCUUAUGUAUGUCAUGACGGAGCAAUGGCAGCCAAAGUUGCACAGGCAGCACAGCCUGUUAUGAUGGAAAACUGCUCUGUUGGUGUACACACUUCAAACCAUACUGGACAUUCAGACAUGCAGCUACCCAAGACGCAGACUGCUAAUGUUCAAGGGCCUGCCCUGAGUUUGUCCAAGGACCCCAGCUCAUCAUGUAUUGGAGGAACAGAGCUUAAGAAGGUUGAGCUAACAUCAACGUACAAUACCACACAGAAUCACCUGGGGCUUAACAAUUCUGAAUGCGAUGGCAUCCUUCGCCCGAAGUCUUUUGAAAAAAAUGCUCCCGAGAAUAUCUGUAUUAAAAAGGGUAUACACCGACUUGAUGAUUAUAGCCAGGUUCUUGGUCCUCAGCAAAGUAUCAUACUCUCGGCGAGCAAACCUUCACACAAUGUUUUGCCCACUGGCAAGUUUGAUGGCAAGGUGGUUUCACGGCAAAAAAAGCGGAAAAGAGCAACGGGAAAUCUUUUAGCAUGGCAUGCACAAGUCAUGAUCGGGCGUAGGAGCAUGUGUCAUAGAAGAACAUUUGAGUUGGACUGGGCUCGUGCUACCAAAAGAUUGGUUGAGAAGAUGAAUGGUGAAAAUGCAACGAUGAAAAGUAGCACCUUCGGGACUCGAGCUCAAAGAAGACUUGUUUUGACGACUAGCCUGAUUCAGUGUAUCCUUCCUGUUGUGCCAACUAGACUUCUUGCGGCAAAUGUUACUAGUUCUGGUGAAACCAUUGUCUACCAACUUUCUAAACUGGCACUCAGUGACGCAUGUGACGCUAUUCUAUCUUUUGUGGAUAACAACAUGCUAUCGAACCAGACCAGCACUUCUGGAAAGGAAGACUCUAAAAUCCUAUCAGAAGUUCUGGAAACCUUCGAGUCGAGGUUUGGCGAGCUGGAAAGUUUGUUGUCAAGCGCCGAGAAGGCAACCACAUUACACUAUCUGGAAUUGGAGCUAGAGUACUUGGAGCGGUUGUCUAUUCUCCAUCAUCUUGCGAAGUCGCAUGGAUAUGCUAAAGCACAUGGGGGAGAUACCUCCAAUUCUAGGCCCAACCCCCGUGCAACGACUGUCAAGAAACAUGUCGGAGCUGCUGCAGCACCAGUAAACUUGCUGAGUGGCAUUAAGUGUCGCUUACUGAACUAGAGCUGCUCGGUAACAACUAACAGAUCUUCCCCUGUUUUCCCCUGUUUUCAGCAGCCGCGCAUCGUUGCAAUGCUGGACUGCGUUGGAAUAUAGAACCAUAGAAUGUACUGCCGUCCCUGUUGCCUUCUUGGCUUAUCUUGUUAGGAGAAUUAGAUGUAGGUUCUCGUAUACUCUGGGAUGAGAUGUAGGAGCAUGGUGAUGUGACUUCUCGUAUACUCUGGGAUGAGAUGUAGGAGCGAUAGGAUGUCAUUUUGCCAAGAUAUGCUUUGCUAAAGUUAAUAUUACUACUGGGAGCUUUAGUUGCCUGUAA